AUGAAUGUUACAUAUCCACUGGCAAGCAAUCUACCAGAUUUGGAUUCAUUGAUUGAUGAAAAGAUUAACAAGUUGAUACAUAGUUUGAAAGAACCACCUAACCGCGGCAAGAUUGAGAUCCAAUUUUUAGGCAAAAGCAACACCAGUAGUGGUAACAAGAAUAAUAACAAAAAGAAAUCUGGAUGGUUCAGUAAUAGUACUUAUAUUGAAAAAGAAGAAUUGAAAACUUGGGAAGUGUGGCGUAUAGAAAUUGAAGUGUUGCCACUAGAUCAAACCAAUAAGAAUAUUAACACGUCAAUUCGAAGCUUUGAAGGUAAUAUGGGGAAAAUAUAUGAUAUAAUUGACAAGUAUAAAGAACAUAUUCCCCCUAUAACGUCCCUUGAUAGUGCUCCAUUCCCUUAUAGGAUACUUAUACCAAGUUUAAGCGGCAGCACUUCAGACCAAAGUACACAAACACUUGAAGGUGAAGAAGGUUGGGGGACGUACAUCAAGAAGAUACUAGAUUAA